UGUUGAUGACAAACAGCUGUUACGUUCUGUGUUGAGAGCUUCACGUACUGGUCGUGGUCGUGUUUCUUUUACUUCAAUUACUUCGUUCUUUGUUUGUGAAUAUCAAGGUUGUUCCGUCUUUCAUCCAAACAGUUCUGAAUAGUUCAUAACCAAAGAUGAAGGUUGUAGUCGCUCUCUUUGCGCUGCUGGUUGCAGCUGAAGCAGUUUCAUUCUACGAUGUGGUGUUGGAAGAGUGGAAUCUAUUUAAGAUGACUCAUGGGAAGAAUUACACGAGUGACAUGGAAGACAAGUUUAGAUUGAAGGUUUUCCUCGACAACAAACACAAGAUUAUCAAACACAACACAAGAUACACCAAUGGCCUCGUGUCCUACAAACUGGCCAUGAAUAAGUACGGAGACAUGCUGCACCACGAGUUCAUUUCCACAAUGAACGGAUUCAACAGAACGAAGCAGAUGAAGCUGACAGGCAUGUCAAUGAUGGACAAGCCUGUGACCUUCAUAGAGCCAGCCAAUGUUGAGUUGCCCAGCAGCGUGGACUGGAGGACCAAGGGAGCCGUUACCCCAGUCAAGGACCAGGGUCACUGCGGCUCCUGCUGGUCAUUCAGUGCGACUGGAGCUUUGGAAGGACAACAUUUCCGCAAGUCAGGCAAGCUGGUUUCUCUUAGUGAACAAAACUUGAUCGAUUGUUCUGGCAAAUAUGGAAACCAAGGCUGCAACGGAGGACUUAUGGACAACGCCUUCCAGUAUAUUAGAGACAACCGAGGAAUCGACACUGAGGGAGCUUAUCCUUACGAAGCUGAGGACGACACUUGCCGCUACAGACCUGAGGCGUCUGGUGCCACUGACAGCGGCUUUGUCGACAUUCCUGAGGGAAAUGAGAGUAAACUGAAGGCAGCAGUGGCCACCAUUGGACCUGUCAGUGUGGCUAUAGAUGCAUCACACGAGUCGUUCCAGUUCUACAGUGGAGAUGUUUACUACGAACCUGAGUGCAGCCCGACACAACUUGACCAUGGUGUUCUGGUAGUGGGGUACGGAACUGAUGAAGAUGGAAAUGACUACUGGCUGGUGAAGAACUCCUGGGGAGAAUCAUGGGGUGACAAGGGGUUCAUCAAGAUGGCCAGGAACAAAGACAACAACUGUGGCAUCGCCUCAAGUGCCAGCUACCCUCUUGUUUAAGCUAACUACUCAGUUCCUAUAGUGUAAACAGACUUAACAAUUGUGAAAGAUACCACCUACAACAUGAGCAAACAUGAUUUCAUUACCUACUACAGUGGUAAACAUGAUUCCAUUUUUACAGGUGAAAACUUUAGGAGUCUAGUAGUCUGUAAACAAAAUUUUAACUUCUGAAAUCUUCCAGUUUAUUUUUUUUUUUUUUUUUGCAGAAUUCCAAUACUUGUGUCAAUUUAUAUGAUAAUCUUUGAGUAGAUUUCCUAAGUUUAUUUGGUUCCAAUUGAUCCAAUAUAAUUUUACAUACUUUUAUAGUAAGGCUAUUGAUCUUUCACUAAUUACAAUUAUCUUCCAGUGUGAUAGAAACUCGGGUAAGAUAUUAGCUCAUUAGGUUAAUGGUAGAUUUAGAUAUAUUUUGUAUUUCUGAGAUGUAUUUCUAGUAUUUGAUUAGUUUGAUAUAAUAGAUUAAUUCUGAUUCAUACAGUUAAUAAUUUAAUUUGUCAAU